UUAGAAGACAUAAAAGAUAUUGUCCCUCUCAUUGCUGCCCGAAUACUCGUACACCACUUCAAUAACAGAGGCCAUGAAGACUAUACAUCUGGCCAGCUAUCCAAUCCAAAAGGUUCUUCAUCUUCAGGCCAAGCAACCCAAGUCCCUGUUCAAGUCUCUGACUGGGUCUCAACAUAUGAAGUACCUUGGGAGAAGAUGCCUCCAAAUUUGCACCAGUGUGUUGCACAAGGCAAGCGACCCAGGAAGCAGGAGCUUUUAGUUAUGGUGAGAACUAUGGUAGACUCAAUUCAAAAGGUAUGCUUGAACCCUAGUAGAAGCCAGUGUUCAGAAAUUGCAAGAAGAAUCAUGGAAAAAUAUCCAAAAAGCUUUGCGGAUGUUACAAUGGAAGGAGAUCUGAUUGGCUGUCGUUAUGGAUCCUUGCUAAAUCAGAUAAAAACAAGGGUUGAACAUGUCAAUCGUGACAACACACUGGUGAGAGUUAGAAAACCAAAACGUAUCAAUGAGAACGAGUCUACACCCAGCAGUGAGAGCACCGCAUCCAAAUGUGCAAAAACAGAUAGCUAUGGCUGCAUCAAUUGGCACCCAGUUGACCUCCCUGAAGAUGAGACUCCAGAAUCAGUGGAGGAAAAAAGAAAGGAAAUGGUUAAGUUAUUUUCUCAAGAGGGACCCCGAGCAGCAGAGCGUGGACAGGUGGAAGAAUGGAUGAAGACAACCUAUGCUUCUCAGCGCUAUGCCAUCAAUAACAACCCCCCACCCAGCAUUGAUGAACUCAAAGACCAGUGGCCAUUCCUGUUCAUGAAGAGAUUUUUGUGUGCCCAUUUCAACACUCUGACUGGAAUUGAUGUUAACACUAGGCUCACAGAAUCUCUCAACACAAAAGGAAAAAAGGUACUUCAUUUUUUUGAAAGUCAACUUUCAAGGUGGAAAAACGAUGUCAGGACAGUCCUGAAAGACAUCAACCAAGCUGGUAAAGAAGAUGUCGACUAUGGUGUUGCAUCUAUAAUUACCACAAUGGCUUACUUCAAAGAGAAGGAAAAUGCCCUCUUUCUUCUUGCUGAUGUAAGUAUUAAUGUUAUUUGA